AGAAACCUCACACACACAUCCAUACAGCACAAUAUGAGUGAGUGUCCAGAAUCAUACUCCUUAAACCGCAAUCCAAUACAAGACAGCGCAGGUACACGUGACCUCGUUGCAUCAUGUGAUCUAUAGUCCGUCAAAGAAGCCAUCGCCACACGUUGCCCAUAUUUAAACACUACAACACCCAAAAUGCUGAGCGAGGCCAUACGUCAAACGAAAUCACAGUCGUAUCUUCCAACAUGGCGUCGCUGGGAAGGAGGCGCGGUGUCCCAGUAAGCAGGGAGAGGGGAGUGAUGGCUGCGUCAGACUGCUACAUUGUACACGAGAUCUACAACGAGAAUGCGCAGGACCAGUUUGAGUAUGAGCUGGAGCAGGCACUGGAGGCCCAGUACAAAUACAUUGUCAUCGAGCCCACGCGGAUAGGCGACGAGACGGCCCGUUGGAUCACGGUGGGAAACUGCCUGCAUAAGACUGCCGUGCUGUCGGGCGCCGCAUGCCUCCUGACGCCACUCUCGCUGCCCGUCGAGUACUCGCGCUACGUGGCGCUGCCCGCCGGCGCCCUCAGCGUGGCCUGCUCCACGCUCUACGGCAUCUCGUGGCAGUUCGACCCCUGCUGCAAAUACCAGGUGGAAUACGACAGCCAAAAACUCUCGCGGCUGCCGCUGCAUACAUUGACCUCAUCGGCGCCCGUGGUGUUGGUACGCAGGGAUGACAUCCACAGAAAGAGACUCCAUAACACGAUAGCACUGGCUGCUCUGGCGUAUUGCGUCAAGAAGAUCUAUGAACUCUAUGCGGUAUGAGUGCACUCUGAAGAGAAAUUAACAAUUAUGAAAACAGGAAGAAAAAAAUCGACCAUAAAAACAGAACCUGCCCACUUCCCGGAUGUAA